UGUCUGUCUGUCUGUCUAUUUUCGACAUAGAACUUUGCACAAAUGUGCGGAAGUUCAAGUCGCCACACUCCGUGUAGCACGCGAAGCAAGAGAAGAAAGUACAAGAAAAGCAUAAUAGAAACAGUGAGCAGAGGUGUGAGACAAAGGAAGAGUAAUAACGAAAAACAAAACAGUUUCAUUGAAGAUCAUAAGUCACAGGGAGUGGAUGCAUCUGCGCUAGCCACUGAGAACGAUUUUGAGCCAUGUCACCAAUUAUUUCCAACCAUAGAUAUUUACCGUCCCGAGGACCCCAGCCUGGAAGUCUACACCUUCCUACGUGGCCUAGACCAACUGUUGUGGAUUUCAUUGACUGGUGCCAAGUUUUUGUUUGACCGCCGCUAGCUUUUUUCCAGCCUGACCCUAUAUCCGCUAACAUUGCUCGUCGAGGGAGGCGAUGGCUUGGCAUACGUAAUACAUGUCCUAACCGUCUCAGUCUUUGUAACUUCACGACUUCGUCGAUUGAUUUGCCCUGUUUACCUAGAACUCUACGCCUAACCUCAAUGUUUCUCACCUUAUUAUGCCACUUUACACGGGAAAUAGAGCGCAGGCACCUAUGAUCAAAGACAGCUAGUCUUUUCAUGUCUUCCACUCACAGUGGCCAGUUCUCACAACCAUAAAAGAGGACUGAUGAGCAGUACACCCGCCCUUUGGUCGAUAGUCGAACAUCUCGUCUACGCCA